AUGAGUGUAAUGACAGCGGCAGUGUGGAUGUCAUACGCAAUCGAGGAGCAGGAGGCAGAAAACGAAGAACGCGAACGCAGGAGACGGCAAGCAGGGCGUGACGCCGCUAAGGGUGCUGGUCUCUUCAAGACUCGCUGCGCUCAAUGCCACACCCUCGAAGAAGGUGGUGCCAACAAGAUCGGUCCCAACUUGCACGGACUUUUUGGCCGCAAGAGUGGCCAGGUUGAGGGAUACGCCUACACCGAUGCCAACAAACAGAAAGGCGUUGUAUGGGAUGAGAACACUCUGUUCGCCUACCUCGAAAACCCCAAGAAGUAUAUUCCCGGUACCAAGAUGGCCUUUGGUGGUCUCAAGAAGGCCAAGGACCGCAACGACCUGAUCACCUACAUGAAAACGAGACCAAAUAAAGAAAUCCAUAGCUCUCGUCCUCGAUUAAUGCCCCUCCCUCUACCUCUUCUCCUCCGCCCUAUCCUUACCUAA